AUGAUGAAUGGCACAGACAUCAAGAAGUCCAUCACAAAUCAAGCCAAGAAAGUUGCUACUACCGCCGCAAUGGCCGCCAACGGAAACGCAAAACCAAAGAGGCGUAAGGGCGACAACCUCAAACCGAUAAUCACGACAGACAACGCUGGCUCUAGUCUUCAUGAAAGCCCCACCCAAGCCGAUCCUGAAUCACCCCUCUCAUCCACCUCCGAAGAAGACCCCGCCGAAGCCACCGCCGACGAGGAAGACAGCGAGGACUACUGCAAGGGUGGAUAUCAUCCCGUGUUCGUCGGAGAGACCUAUAACAACGGUAGAUACGUUGUCGUUCGGAAGCUAGGCUGGGGCCAUUUCUCAACCGUCUGGUUGACCAAAGAUACCCAGACUGGGAAACAUGUCGCAUUAAAAGUCGUGCGGUCGGCGGCGCAUUAUACCGAGACGGCGAUCGAUGAGAUCAAAUUGCUGAACAAGGUCGUUCAAGCAAACCCCAAUCAUCCAGGUCGCCGGUAUGUCGUCAGCCUGCUCGAUAGUUUCGAACACAAAGGCCCUCACGGUGUGCACGUAUGCAUGGUCUUCGAAGUCCUUGGCGAGAAUCUGCUUGGUUUGAUCAAGAGAUGGAAUCACCGGGGUAUCCCUAUGCCGAUUGUCAAGCAAAUCACAAAGCAGGUUCUUCUGGGCCUCGACUAUUUGCAUCGGGAAUGUGGCAUCAUACAUACCGAUCUCAAGCCGGAAAAUGUACUGAUAGAAAUUGGCGAUGUCGAGCAGAUCGUCAAGUCUUUUGUCAAGGAAGACGCGAAGAAUUCAAAAGAUGAGAACCCCAAUGGCAGGAGAAGAAGGAGGACUCUGAUCACGGGCAGUCAGCCUCUGCCCAGUCCGCUGAAUGCCAGUUUCAGCAACAUCGAUAAGGUUGGCGGCUCCCCACAUGGUCACAGCAGCCUUAAUCAGAUCGUGAAUGAUGGUAACCCGUCCAAGCCCGCAGAGGGGCUGUCAAUGCUCGAGCAGUUGAAACUGAAAUCGGAGGGCAAGGAAGACGAGAACCAGAAAGCUCGCGAGAAGACGACAGAUCCACUGGAGAAGGAUCUGGCUGGAGUUUCCCUCGACAGCAAGAAAAGCAACUCGCAAGCGGAGAAGGUGCUGAAGGAGGCCAUGAAUGAUGAUGUGUCCCCAAUCGGAGAGAUCAUUUCCGUCAAGAUUGCCGAUCUUGGAAACGCCUGCUGGGUCGGGCAUCACUUCACGAAUGAUAUUCAGACUCGACAGUAUCGGUCACCAGAAGUGAUCCUAGGUUCAAAGUGGGGCGCCAGCACGGAUGUAUGGAGUAUGGCUAGCAUGACCUUCGAGCUGAUCACAGGUGACUAUCUGUUUGACCCGCAGUCAGGAACAAAAUAUGGAAAGGAUGACGACCACAUUGCGCAAAUAAUUGAGCUGCUCGGGCCAUUCCCAAAAUCGCUUUGCCUUUCAGGGAAAUGGUCACAAGAGAUCUUCAACCGCAAAGGCGAACUUCGAAACAUUCACAGACUUCGCCACUGGGCGCUCACUGAUGUCCUUCGGGAGAAAUACCAUUUCUCGGUAGAAGAAGCGCACAAAAUAAGCAACUUUCUGACUCCCAUGCUGGACCUUCCGCCCGAGGGUCGCGCUAAUGCUGGCGGAAUGAGCAACCAUGAGUUUGUGAAAGACACCAAGGGUAUGGAGCAUGUUAAGCUCGACAUCCCUGUGGGCGCGAAAGGAGAGGGUAUCGAAGGCUGGGCGACCGAAGUCAAGAAGCGAUAA